CUCGGCCAGGAAACGGAGAUGAGCACCGCCCCCGAGAGUCAGGCAUGGCUGGAUUUAAUGUCAAGGGGAAACCUUUACCUUUACCUGUAUGCAACAUAACUAUUUUUAGUUAACAUCUCUAGGAACAGAAUGGUAUGAUAGAAGUAUUUUUUUUAAAUUAAUGAUUAAAUGACAAUAAUGGUAAACAAGUUUGCCUGAAUGGCAGCUUGUCAUCCCGCGGCUGACCUUCCUCUGCCUUGAGUGCAGGAGCGUGAUGCGGGUAUUCUGACUUGCACCCCCCGUUCAAGCAGAAGGCCAGGAGGCUGCGGUGUCCUUGAGCUCUCUAGCUCAUGCCCCAGAACCCUCUGAAAAGGCCCUGAAAUGCUGGGACUCAGCUCCCUGAUGGUAGAGCCUUUUGAACUGUGGAAGGGGGAGGCCUGUGCUCAGUAACAUUUUGAAUGGGAAAACUGCCAAAAACUUUGUUGUCCCAGUCCAUUGAACAAACUUCUCAGAGAUCUUAAAAUAAUAGGGCAUAAAUUCAUGAGGAAUUAUCUGAAUUGGAAAGUAAGUGCUAUAAUACAGGAAAAUUAUUUCAAAUAGCUUUCAUGACAAAUUGUUGUGUUUAAUUGCAUUUUUAUAAUCUUGCAUUAUAUAGCAUUUUAUUACACUUAUUUUAGUGUACUUCAUUGUCCUCAGUGAUAUUGGAAUACUAAUAGGUAUUCUAGAAUUUAUUUAAAUACAGUGUGGAGUUGGAGUGGCACUGGCUAAAUUAUAGAUACAGCCAGGUGUUUCAGUGCUGAGUUGAUAGCAUAAUUAGUAUCAGUGCCUUUUGAAACAUAUGCACAGAAUAAUAUAUUCUCCUUAUAACAUGACAUUUUCUUUGCAGACUUAGCUACUCUGUAAUUUUCAUCAUUAAAAAAAGAACAAACUUCACAGGUAAUGAAUAAUGUUGACAAUAGGAAGCAAAAGCACACAGCCUUGUUUGCAGCUUGUUUCAGAAUUAAAAUGGUAAUUAGAUUCUUGUAUUCUUAAUUAGAUUAGAAACAGGACUUACUUAGAAAAAGUGACGGGUAAGUCAGACUCUCUGUUUCUUUCUGGUAGCCAUAAUUAUUUUCUAGAACUUAAACAAUGGAAAGCAGAAAUUCAUUGAAAGCUUUAAAAUACCCAGUAUUCAGUAAUAAAGGAAAAAUAGAUUUGGUGUUCAGCAAAGCUGGUGCUCUUCUUCUGCAUUUCCCCCUUCUGACUUUUGGAUAUCGGGUGCUUUUUCUUCUGGGUUUUGGAGGCCGGUCCUAUACCUUUGGUGGCCUUCAUUUGGAUGUCAGUCCUAUACCUUUGGUGGUCUUCACCAGUAUCUUGCUUUGCUAGGUGUAGCAGUAAUCGAGCAGGCGAAACCGGAAUGGAUGUAACAAGCCGCUGCACUCUUGGAGACCCCAACAAACUGCCCGAGGGAGUGCCACAACCUGCUCGCAUGCCUUACAUCUCAGACAAGCACCCUCGGCAGACACUGGAGGUCAUCAACCUGCUGCGGAAGCACCGGGAGCUGUGUGAUGUGGUGCUGGUUGUGGGGGCCAAGAAGAUCUAUGCCCACCGGGUGAUCCUGUCGGCUUGCAGCCCCUAUUUCCGAGCAAUGUUCACUGGGGAGCUUGCAGAGAGCCGGCAGACUGAGGUGGUGAUAAGAGACAUUGACGAAAGGGCCAUGGAGCUGCUGAUUGACUUUGCAUACACUUCCCAAAUCACAGUAGAAGAGGGCAAUGUCCAGACUUUACUGCCCGCUGCCUGCCUGCUCCAGCUCGCCGAGAUCCAGGAAGCCUGCUGUGAAUUCCUGAAAAGACAGCUCGAUCCUUCUAACUGUCUCGGCAUCCGAGCAUUUGCUGACACCCACUCCUGUCGGGAACUUCUGAGGAUUGCUGACAAAUUCACCCAACAUAAUUUUCAAGAAGUGAUGGAAAGCGAGGAGUUCAUGUUGCUUCCUGCCAAUCAGCUCAUUGACAUCAUAUCCAGUGACGAACUGAACGUUCGAAGCGAAGAGCAGGUGUUCAAUGCCGUGAUGGCUUGGGUGAAAUACAGCAUUCAGGAGAGGCGGCCUCAGCUCCCGCAGGUAUUGCAACAUGUCCGCUUGCCACUGCUCAGUCCAAAGUUCCUGGUAGGCACAGUUGGUUCCGAUCCACUCAUUAAAAGUGACGAGGAGUGUAGGGACCUAGUGGAUGAAGCAAAGAACUAUCUGCUGUUGCCCCAGGAGAGACCACUGAUGCAGGGACCAAGAACUCGACCACGGAAACCCAUCCGUUGUGGGGAAGUGCUUUUUGCAGUGGGCGGCUGGUGCAGCGGGGAUGCCAUUUCCAGUGUUGAGCGCUAUGACCCUCAAACGAACGAGUGGCGAAUGGUGGCCUCCAUGAGCAAACGGCGGUGUGGUGUUGGAGUCAGUGUCUUGGACGAUCUCCUUUAUGCAGUGGGAGGACAUGAUGGCUCUUCCUAUCUUAACAGCGUGGAAAGAUAUGACCCGAAGACCAAUCAGUGGAGCAGCGACGUGGCUCCCACCAGCACUUGCAGGACCAGCGUUGGAGUGGCCGUUCUCGGAGGCUACCUCUACGCUGUGGGUGGCCAGGAUGGUGUCUCCUGCCUCAACAUUGUUGAAAGGUAUGACCCGAAAGAGAACAAAUGGACCCGAGUGGCUUCCAUGAGCACUCGGCGCCUUGGGGUGGCGGUGGCAGUGCUGGGAGGCUUCCUUUAUGCUGUCGGAGGCUCUGACGGGACGUCACCCUUGAACACAGUGGAGCGCUACAACCCUCAGGAGAACCGCUGGCACACAAUUGCACCUAUGGGCACCCGGCGAAAGCACCUAGGUUGCGCAGUGUAUCAAGACAUGAUCUAUGCUGUGGGAGGCAGAGACGACACUACAGAACUUAGCAGUGCUGAGCGAUACAACCCCAGAACCAACCAGUGGUCUCCUGUGGUAGCCAUGACAUCACGGCGUAGUGGGGUUGGUCUCGCGGUGGUGAAUGGACAGCUAAUGGCUGUGGGAGGCUUUGACGGCACAACGUAUUUGAAGACCAUCGAGGUGUUUGACCCGGAUGCCAACACAUGGAGACUGUAUGGAGGAAUGAACUAUCGUCGGCUUGGAGGCGGUGUUGGAGUUAUCAAAAUGACACAUUGCGAGUCCCAUAUAUGGUAAAAAGCCAAUGGGAGAAAUCCUAUGUUCAUUCCUAUUGAAACUGGCUAGCUUGGUGAGUUCCGAGCCCUCAGAGGCUCUAGUAAACUGAGAUCACACUUGUAUUCUUCGCUGGUGCCUCUUCCUAUGGGACUAUAAUGAUGUUGCAAGCAUAUUUCCCCUCCUCUACUUCAGCUGCAGAAGACCACGGAUAACCUCCAGAAAACUACCUGGAACAUACACAGUUUUCCUUGUCUGUCACCCCAUAGCAAUUUUAUUGUCUUUUCAAGCAAACUGGAAUUCAGUGUUACUCUAAGCAAUGACAUCAGACCUCAAGGUGUACAUUGGUUCUGUCAGAGGAGCCCACUGAGAGGUGGACAACAAGGUAUUUGCUCAAUUGAAAGAAACACGUUUCUCUGAAUCUGGACUUCUUUAGAGAAUAUAAUCCAGCAGGAUCAUUUUCUGCACUUGCCUCAUUCAAACGACUGCAAGUCAUGUAGAGCCCACUCAUUUCCAAACAGCUUGGGCAGCAGAAGUGUUGGAUUUUGCUUAAAUAUAACUUGACACCACUGACACUUUGGACACACUUUUCUGUAUGCUGAGAUUUGCUCCACUUAAUUUGUACCAUAUAUUUUUGAUACCAUGAUAAAAUGUUGUAAUUUUUUCCCACUUAAUAUUUUGACCCGCGACCACACUACUUUCUAGAUGGAAGCUGUUUGUGAGGUUUGGUCUGUAGCUAAGAGCUUUGAAAAAGUACAGAGUAGUCCAAUGUGUUCUUGGAAGAAGUGCAGUAUGAGCAAAGGUGUAAAAUCCAUAGCACUCUUCAGUCACUGCAACAAGGACUAGACAUGCAAGAAACUUUGGAUGCAGCCUACCAGAAUGUUCUUCAGCACAAGCGUCUCUGAGCUGACAGGGAGCAAUGCAAAAGCAUAGCGAUACUCAUGCCCUGUUCCUAUUCAGUUCAGCAGGACUUGCUUAGCAGAACCUGCUUGUGGAUUGUGUCUUUCCUGUCGCUUUUGGGCUCACAAAUGGCAUAUGCUUUGUACUUCUCCACUUCGUUAUAGCGGGAGCAUGAACUAGUUUUAUUCUAGUACAGCCGCACAAAUCUGAACUGUAGUCUUACAGUUGCUUGGAUUAAAGGAGGAAGUCCUCUGUUAAAAGCAGUACAUUGUUUUUUUCUUUAAGUAAUAGGUCCUUCAGAGCACUUGCCUUAGGUGAUGUUCUUGGUCUGAAAGGUGUCUAAAUUUCUGGAUUCCAAGGCAUAAUGAGGACAAGUUUAGGAUUAGUUAGGUUUACAAUAUGAACAUUGUGACUUUGUUUGGACUACCACCUCAACCCAUAAAGCAUCGUUCCAUUUCCCUUGAGAAAGCUAAGCCGGUUAUCAGGUCUGCAGCCUUACAAGCUCAAUGGGUUGUAAACGCAAAAGGUUUUUCACCGAGAUGCUGCUGUUGCAUCUGAAUUAGUGGGUUUAAAGGGAAAGAGCAACUAUGCAUGUCCCAACUGGUUGAAUGCAGGACAUCAUUUAUGGUUUCUGACUGUUCACAAAUCUGGUCCUGUGGUCCCUCCCAAGCAGGCACCAGAAAGGGGAGCUACUGUGCUGCUUUGGGCUUGGUGGGCAACAUGCUUUGAAAAAAGGAAUGCACAUGAAACUGUUGUGUCACCAUCUCCUUUCUUAAGAAGUAGCUUUGUUUAGGAAAUUCAUCUUCAGUGUCAUUGGGUAGAUUUGGGGGAAACAGAGUCAACACAAAUGGAUUGUCAGGAAACACUACAAAGGUGAUCAGCCCUUUUGCCCCGAAGGUUGGCAUUCUUGUGUUUACAUUUUGAACAUUUGCACCUUUACAAAGAAAAAGUAUUCUGUAAACAAUUGUUUACAUAUCAUUUAUGCUUUUUCUAGCAUGUUAACUUGUAUAAAUAGUGUUACCUUAAUAAAAUCUUAAUGAGUGUU